CAAUGAUGGACCGCCACAAUAAAAGCGGGUUAGUGAGAUGCUUAUCAUUGGGAAGGUGGAGCCUGCUUGUCAUACCUUCAGUCGCUGCACUCAACAGACCACACACAUCGGGGGUGAGUUCACGCUGCAAAUCACGCUUCACUUUGAGAGAAAGUGGGACCGCUUUUCAGUUUGAUGGCAUUGAUGCUAUUUCUUAUGCUAUAUAAAUGUCCAAUUUAAGAUUUGUGACUUGGAGAGGCUCACAUUAAUCACAUGCGAGUAUCAUUUCAACAUCAACAAGUCAAAUAGAUUUAUGGAUAUUCUACCCAAGAAUGUGUAUGUUUGUUUGAAUACCUUGUCGGAAAACAAGAGGGUUGGCCUUAGUCACUGAGGCGCGAAGACAGAAGUGUAAAUCAUUUGUCUGCAUAGCGCAGUGUGUGACGGCAUGUGAGGAUGGUCUACACAGGUAUGUGUCAGAGAGGCACUGCAGCUUUUCAACAAUGUGAGAAGAAAGGAGAAACACUCCACUGUCCUGUGAGUGGAAGCCGUGUUGUUCCUCUUCCAGAUGAAUGCGGUGCCUGUAACGUGUCUUCUCUUUCCCCAGGCGCCGCCACUAGCUUCGAGGCUCUUGAGAACCAAAACUCCCAUGAGACCGAGGGGCUCGGCACAAAGCAACUGGUGGUGCGACGACGGAAACCUUUCAACGUGACUCUGCUGUUUCACAGCCGGCCCGUUAACCCUCACACGGAGACCCUGGUCCUGGAGGUUUGGCUAGGUAAUCUGUCAGAGAGGAUCCCAGUGCAGUUCUCUGACCAGCGCUCCGACCCCCACAGCUGGUCGGCCAAAAUCUACCCAGGCGGCGUGCAUCCUCAGUCGGUCAGCGUCCACGUCUGCUCCCCUGCUUGUUCCUCAGUGGCUCUGUAUCACCUCCUGGUGCACAUCGAGACCAACCAGGGCAGAAGGAGCUACGCUGUCGGAGACUUUGUGCUGCUCUGCAACCCUUGGUUGAAAGAUGAUCCGGUUUACAUGCCGCUGGAUGCCCAAAUACAAGAGUAUAUCAAGAGCGAUUACAGGCUGGUGUACAUGGGCACCUAUCAGAACAUUAGCAGGCGGCCCUGGUCGUUUGGUCAGUAUGAGCCCGGGGUGCUGGAGCUCCUGGAGGUCAGCCCAUAGCACCUCAGGGACAAAGACAAAGACUACAUCCGCCGGGCAGACCCCGUCUACCUCAGCAGAGUGAUAUGCGCCAUGGUGAGGGACGACAACUCUCGCUGCAUGUGCGAUCGACAUGUAGAAAAACGUGCACAUGCAUUCCCACCCCAUGCCUGUAAUGACGACCUGGGUAUUUUGGAGGGGAAGUGGCAGGGCAGCUACGGAGGUGGGGUCAACCCCUCGGAGUGGGAAGGCAGCGCCGACAUCCUGCACCGCUGGGUCUCGUCCAACUGCAGCCCCGUGCGCUACGGGCAGUGCUGGGUCUUUGCGGCGGUCCUCUGCACAGAUUUCAACUCCGCCCAUGACGGCGAUGGCAACCUGAAAAUUCAAGAAUAUUACUCGAGCACUGGGGAAAAGCUCAACCUGUCAAAGGACAGCAACUGGAACUUCCAUGUGUGGGUGGAGUGCUGGAUGAGGAGAGCGGACCUCGGUUCGGGGUUCGACGGCUGGCAGGUGGUGGACCCGACCCCCCAGGAGAUGAGUGCAGGGGUAUUCUGCUGCGGCCCUUGCCCGGUGGUCGGCGUCCGCCGCCGCUACAUCCGCGCCCCCUACGACGCGUCGUUCGUCUACGCCGCCGUUGACGCCAACGUCGUGCGGCUGAUCCUGCAUGAGGGACGGGUGGUGGGCAGGAAGCUGGACGCGGAGUGGGUGGGGCAGCUGAUUUACACCAAGAGCAUCGACUCGGACGCACCAGAGAAUCUGACAGGGGCUUAUAAGAGCAAGAAGAAAGUAAGACCAGGAGCAUCGAGUAGAGGCUGGAGGAGGGCUUUGUUCUCCUCAUAUGUGACGAAGAUCUUCUCCCCGUUGACUUUCCCAUUUCAGAGAAGCAACCAGCAGUCGUUGUGGGGAACAGGAUGGUGUCAGGUCAGUGGUUGUGAUGAAGCGUCUUCCCCCUCCACCUUUGACACUGUUGCUUCUUUUCACAACCAUCUCCCUCUCACUCAUACAGCAGUGGUUUCUUCGGCGUGCUACUCCUCUAUCCAAGCGGGCUUUCUGGAACCACGCACACAUCCCUCCCCAUCACCUCCGGGAGGAACGCCACCCGGUACGGAAGUGUCCCUAAGCAUCGAUGGGCGGCCGUCCGUUGGGGAGAACAUCUCCGUGCGUGUCACGGUCACAAACCAGUCGAGCCGCCCGAGGCUCCUGAUGGAGCACCUCGACGCUCAGCUGAAGGACUUCAGCUGCAACCCAGAGCGGAGCUUCUGGAAAGCACACAAAGAAGUGCGCAUACAGCCGGGGGAAGUCCUGACGCUCCACCAGACCAUCCCUCCCUGCCAGUACGAGUCGGUCCUGGCAGGCGACGACAUCGUGAACGUGGCGGUGGUGAUGAAGGACGUGAGGACCAAAGAAAGAGUCCUGGCUGCGCAGGAGUUCAACAUGAGCUCGCAGCAGAUAACCAUAGAGCCAGACGAGAAGAGCGAGAAGACGGUGACCAUCGUGGCCACUUCGGCCGGCACUAAACUGCUCAUGGCCACGUUCUCACACAGCAGCAGCCCCGGAGUCGUUUCCAGGAGCUUCCGCAAAGUCUCCGUCAUGGUUGCAUGCGUCCAUCCUCCCAAAAAGCACCAACAACGGGGAAUUGAAUUGCACUGAUAUGCAACAAGUACGCUAAAAAGUAUUUCAACAAAAUAUGUAUUUUGUACUUGUAUGUUUUUUCUGUAUUUACAAUAACUGUGCCUUCAGUAUUUAUUUUCUAGAGACAUUGUACAUGCUUUGUUUCCAUUAUAUUGUUUCACAUAUUUAGUGAAGUGACUUUAACGUGUCAAAUGUGUGGAUUUCCUCCUUUGAAUUGCGGCAACUCAAUUACACCACUAGGUGGCAGCAUUGGGGUUUCCAUUUGUGUGUCUGCUGCCUCUCUGAAUGUCACUCUGUCACUUUUGAGCUGUUGAAACGAGGAAUAUAAUUCCUUUUGUAUGCGUGAAUGUUUCUUUCUGUGGGUUCUUUUUUACUUUUCUGUUUGUCACUAGCUGGCUCCUGUGAUCGUUUUAUGGAAUUUAUGACG